ACCAAAUAAACUGCAAAGCGAUGGUAAAGCUUACACUGCAUAUUGUAGUUCUAAGCCUGCUGCUGUGUCGGAUUGGAGCCGACAAUCCACCGAACAGCGCCAACCGCUUGCUGGUUUGCACGCAGCCUAAGUCAUAUGGCGGCUGCAGCGAAAUGCAGGUGCGAUGGUAUUUCGACCCACAGUAUAACAAGUGCAGGGCCUUCCACUACAGCGGAUGCGGGGGAAACAGCAAUGUAUUCGUUUUGCAAAGUGAAUGCAUUAACUACUGCAUAAACCCGGACUACGACGAAAUGAAGUAGCGAUUCCAUAAAUUGUCACUUGAUAGCAUUAACUAUUGUAACUUAACCAUAAACAUUGCUAACCACCAAUGAACAAGCCCUUAAUAAAAAUUCUCUUUGAAUUUUGAAGCUA